AGGUGGGCCCGACGCCGUUUAGAUAUAUAGAGAUAGAGAUUAGAGGACCAGGCUGAAGAGAGGAGGACGAAACACCCCUCCCUCCUCUUCCAUUGGAGAGACAAGAGAAGAGAGAGCGAGAGAGCGCGCGGCGCGUGGGUGCGACGCGUCCCAUCGUCUUGGACCGGCCUGCCUCCUCGCCGGAAUCCACCACCACUAACUAACCCCAGCCCUAAUUCGCCCUUCCCUAGCUAGGGUUUCCCCUCCUCCCCACCGGAUGCGAUGGCCCCGCCGCCGUCCUGGUCGCGCUCCGUCACCGAGAUCGUGCGGGGCUCCCACCAGUACACCGUCAAGGGCUUCUCCCUCGCCAAGGGCAUGGGUCCCGGCCGAUACCUCGCCAGCGACACCUUCGCCGUCGGCGGAUACCACUGGGCCGUAUACCUCUACCCCGACGGCAAGAACCCCGAGGACAACGCCAACUACGUCUCCGUCUUCGUCGCCCUCGCCUCCAACAGCGCCGACGUACGCGCCCUCUUCGAGCUCACCCUCCUCGACCAGUCGGGCCGCGGCCGUCACAAGGUCCACUCCCACUUCGACCGAUCCCUCCAGGCCGGCCCAUACACGCUCAAGUACAGAGGAUCCAUGUGGGGUUACAAACGCUUCUACAGAAGAUCAAUCUUGGAAACGUCUGAUUUUCUGAAGAAUGAUUGUCUAGUAAUGAACUGCACCGUAGGUGUUGUCAAGAACCGUAUCGAAACACCAAAGAACAUCCAGAUUCAUGUUCCACCAUCUGACAUGGGCCAUUGCUUCAAGGAGCUCCUCAGACUCGGCAUCGGCUGCGACAUAACUUUCGAAGUGGGUGAUGAGGAAGUCCAGGCACAUAAAUGGAUUCUUGCUGCUCGCUCCCCAGUAUUCAAAGCUCAAUUCUUUGGUCCUAUCGGAAACCCUAACCUACACAGAGUUGUUGUGGAGGAUGUGGAACCUGUUGUCUUCAAGGCAAUGGUGAACUUCAUAUACGCUGAUGAACUCCCUAGCAUUCAUGAACUAGCUGGAUCUGUCUCGAUGGGGACAUCAACAGUAGUAGUGCAGCAUUUAUUGGCAGCGGCUGAUAGAUAUGGUUUGGAGCGGCUACGUCUCCUCUGUGAGGCAAAGCUAUGUGAUGAACUGACUGCUGAAACAGUUGCAACAACCUUAGCCCUAGCUGAACAGCACCAUUGUGCUGAGCUGAAGUCUGCCUGUCUAAAGUUUGCUGCUGUUCGAGAAAAUUUGGGAGCUGUCAUGGAUACUGAAGGGUUUAAUUACUUGGAGGAGACAUGUCCAUCCCUACUAUCUGACUUGUUAGCAACUGUGGCAGUAGUGGACGAUGAUCCUUCAUCAGUUAACCGAAAAAGGGGAGUUGAUGGUAACGAAGAUGCAAAUCCAGUGGAAAGUGUUGAGGCUGGUGAAAGGCGCACCCGGAGGAGGGUUUAGCUAGCUAGCUGUCAACUAAUGUAGAUUCAUGCCGCCACUCUAUGCUUUCCCGUGAUCUGUAUGCUAUGGUGGGAGUUAUGUCAAGUGCUUUGGUUGGCAAAGGUUUGAUUUGGACUCCAGAGGCUUGUGAAUAAUCAGUUUCUUAUGCUGAUAAUUUUGUUUUGCAGCAGUAGAAAUUGUAAAUGUGUUGUGGGCAUGAAAAAUGGAUGGUGCCAAGAAAGAUUUGACGUUUGCCACUCCUCUAAACAAAAUGUAGGAUGAAAAAGAUUGCCAUGUUUAGAUGCUCAGCUCUGCUGACUUGAUGAGCUGAA